GCGUGCGUGCAAAACGCUCCAUCGCCCGUCCACGCUCGCCCUCUUAGCUAGGCCCCCGCGCCGAGGCCGAGACCAGCUAGCCCGGCACCCUUCUUCCUCCGAUCCUCGUAUACCCACAACGACACCUCUCUCUCUCUCUCUCUCUCUCUCUCUCUCUCUCUCUCUCUCUCUCUCUCUCUCAACAAGCCCCGUUCCUCUCCUCUGCCCUCCCGUCUCAGGUUCAGUGCGCGCAUGGAUCGGCGGCCGGAGCGCAAGGCGAAGCGCGCGAGGGAGGAGGAGGAGCAGGGCGGCGCGGCGCCGGCGGACUUCCCGUUCGAGGAGGCGGCGGGGGCGGACGACGCCGGGGAGGCGUCGCGGCGGCCGCCGGGGGUGUUCCAGUUCCCGUGGCAGAAGUGCCGCGGCGGGCUCGGCGUGUCCCCCGCCGCGGGCGCGGGCGCCGGCGCCGCGGGGUGGGAGCUGCGGGACGUCUUCUUCCGCUCGCUCGUGGACGGCGGCGCCGCGGCCAUCGGCGUUCCGGGGGACCGCCUCGUGUCGCCGCCGCCCAGCAAGCGCGCGCUCCUCGAGGGCAUCGACGCCUGGCUCGCCGCGGCCGCCGACGGCGAGGUGGACCCGGUCUGGCGCUCCGCGCUCAUGUCCCGCCGCGGGCCGGCCUCGUCGGCCGCGUGAGUGGGGGUGGACGGAUGCCGAGGACCCCACCCGCGCACGCGCCGGGGAUGAGGCCCGCGUGGCAUUGAGUGCACCACGGCGCCCCAUCAUCAGCCGCGUGACGCUGACGUGGCGCGAGGCACCGGUGUGGGGACCGCGGGUGGUGAUGAUUAGGAUUUUCAAGUAAGAUCAGGAACGUGUACAAAACCAUGGUCAUGUGGUGAUUCUUCUCUUGCCAAUGUCCCUUAUGUUCCUUGUACAGUUAUCAU